UAUGACAUCAUCCACAUCAUCAUCAUCAACGACGACAACAACAACGUCGACAACAAUGGAUAUGUUGGAUGCUAAAACAACAACAGUAUUAAAAACACCAUCAAUACGAACAACGGGUAAUUGUUCAACAACAUCAUCAAUAUCACCAUCAUCAUCGCCACCAUCAUCAUCUAGUUUAAUAAUGAUGAUGAUGAAUGAUCAUCAUAUAAUAUCAUCAUCAUCAUCAUUAUCAUCCAUAUCAUCGGAUUCAAGUAGUAUACAAAAAGUUCCAUCAUUAAGUGAUAUUUAUGAUAAUAAUAAUAGUGAUAUCUAUACCGGUGCAACUGCAGCAGCCUAUAAUCUUACCUAUGCAUUAUUAAGUCAACAACAACUACAACAAUCCACAUCUUCAUUACGAUCAGAUAGAUUUGAUAAUUGUUUAUUAUUAAUACCGCCGCCACCACCACCACCACCACCAUUGCCAUCAUCAUCAUCAUCAUCAUCAUUGGAUGCUACGAAUCUACCAAUACAAGUGCCUCCAUUGACGCCGGGUACAAAUCAAAAAAUGUCACAAGCAUUAGCGGCCAGUUUUGCUAGUUGGGAAAAAGAACGAGAUGAAUUCAACAUUCCUAAAGAUCCACAGCUAUGGUCUGAAUCCGAUGUAAAUCAUUGGCUAUUAUGGGCUAUAAAAGAAUUUAAUCUUGAUGGAUUUGAUGCACAAAGUUUUCUAAUGACCGGUAAAAUGAUUUGUGAAAUGGGUAAAGAAAUGUUUUUGGCUCAAACACCACCAUAUGUUGGUGAUAUACUUUGGGAACAUUUGGAUCGAUUACUUAGAGAUUCCGAUGGAUCAAUAGUUGAUAAUAAUAACGUUCCAACAACAGCAAAUUAUAUUGAUUGUGGUACAGAAUUUAAUGAUUUUUUUCAACAACAACAACAUCAAUUACAAACGACAACAACAACAACAACACCACCACCAAUAACAUCGCCGUCGUCAUCAUCAUCGACAACAAAUAUUGAUCCUAUUGUUAUUGGUCAUCAUAAUCAUUCUCAUCAUCAUCAUCAUAAUCAUCAUCAUGAUAAUCUUCAACAUUUAAAUCAUCAUCAAUCUGACAACAACAACAACAAAAUACAGACAUAA